AUGGCGGCGGAUUUCUCAGCUCCCUCCUUCUCCCUCGGCCUCGAUCUCGAUCUCGAUCUUGGAGAAGAAGAAGGAGACCCCUCUAUCCUCAAUCCGCCAAUCCAGGAAUCAAACCAGCAGCAAGAAACCCUAAAUCAGUCGGGGCGGAACCCACCGCCUCCCUCAUUCUGUCUUGGCCUCGAUCUCGAAUCAGCUUCGGCGACAAUAGCUGACGAGGGGAACGUGAAUCUUGAUGAUGAUAUUGAGGAUUUCUCUUCUCCAGAGAAGGAGGAUCCUCGGUGUACAGAAAUAUCUCCAUCACUACAAAGUCAUGCUACCUGCAGCAAUUCAAAGGCUUCCUUACUUUAUCGUGGGAUCUUAAGUAGCCAGUCAACUAGUAAAUUGAAGACGCCCAUGAUCCCACCAGCUAAUAUUGCAUCUGCUACCACGACUUUUCAGGCGAGCAGCAACAAGGACUUGUUUCCAAGGUUAACUGUGAGUCCUCUAAGAAAAAUCCAUUUUCUGGACUCAGAUUCUGAUGAACCGUCUCCCAGCAAAGGAAAAGACAAGAUUGAGGAGGUUGAUCCAUCAAACCAAAAGAGAAAAGGCACUCCAUUCCAAUCUACCAGCAGGAACCAUGAGAAAACAUUUCAGCCCCAUAAAGAUCCAACAGAAAGCUUUUGGAAAGGCUUCAGGCUUAAGGAAAACACUAAUAUUGCUACACCUGCUCUUAAUGAGUUUUGUGAUGAGUAUUUUAAAUCGACAAAAGGCCAAAAAGUUGGUCAAAGCGAGGAAGAUGCUCCAAGUUUUUGCAGUUCCAAAGUACUUGAUCCAGAAGAUGAUUUUGAAGUUCUGUUCCAGCAGAAAAGCAUCUCUAGCAACCAUGAACACAAUUGGGACUUUCCUCAUCCCAAACCUCCUGCUUAUGAUUAUUUUUUUCACGAUGAUGCAAGAAUCAGGACCUUAGUACGCGAGCGGCUACCCCAUUUUGUUCCAAUUGGCGCAGAAGAUUGUAGAGGAGCCCCAAAAUUUGCGAGAGAUGACCUUGAUUACAUGGGUCAAUUUUUCGCUCAAGAUGCCGCUACUCAGGUCCGUUCAACUAGUAGGAAAGGUUCCGAAAGAAACCCAAGAACUUGGAAAGGUUCCGAAAGAAACCCAAGAACAAAGCUGAAAAGGCCAACCUCUUCUAACUGUAAAGAGGCCUCACAGGCUGAAGGAAAUUGGGUGAACCCCAGAAACAAUGUUACAAUCCCAAAGGAUGCAGGAAAGAGAAGAGUCUCUGCUGUUGGCGGUCAGAGUGCUCAUUGGUUUACUGGGCAAGAUGGACGAAAGGUUUAUGUCUCUAAGAAUGGACAGGAGCUGACAGGUCGGAGCGCCUAUAUACAGUAUAAAAAGGAUAAUGGAACUGGAUUUGGGAAGGGAAAGAAGAAAGCAGCUAGUAAGAAGAAAAGGAAUUGAUGAAAGUGAGGUUGAAGAUAUCGAGGCAAUUAUCCGGAGCCUUUCUAUUUUCAAUGUUGUAUCACAUCAUUAAACUCUAGAGGAGGUAUUUCCUACUUGAUAUCUGCUUAUUUGAUCUGAUGUAUUCAAGCCAUAAAUGAGCAAUCUAAUUAUUCUGUUAAAUUCCCUUGUCUUUGCUUUUA